AUGGACGUGGCCAAGCUCAGCGUCGAGCUCGACAAAACGCUGCGGCGCAAGAUCGUCAACCUGCGCUUCAAGUUGCUCCAGAACAUCGGGCAGGGCCAGUUUGGAAAGGUGCUUUUGGCCGAGGACCUUGCCCGCGGCCCCGGGCAGCACGUGGCGAUCAAGACCAUCCACCGCGUGGACACGACGCGGCUCAUCACCAAGACGUACUUGAGCCACACCACCAAGAUCAAGCGCGAGAUCCAGAUCAUGAAGGAGUGCGACCACCCAAACGUGGUCAAGCUCUUCCAGGUCAUCGACGACAUGCGCUUCGACAAGAUUUUGCUUGUGCUCGAGUACUGCGCGUUGGGCGAGAUCGACUGGAAGCGGUACAACCACUACCACGAGAAGUAUUUCAAGGACCCGGCGCGCCGGCUCCCGCUCAACCGCAUCUUGCGAGACGUGGCCAACGGGCUCGAGUACCUCCACCUGUACAAGAACAUCAUCCACCGGGACCUCAAGCCGUCGAACCUCCUCAUCAGCAGCGACCGCACGAUCAAGAUCUCGGACUUUGGCGUGUCGUUGAUCUUGGAGAACAACGCCAACGACGACAAGGAGUUGGGCAAGACCAUGGGCACGCCCGCGUUCUUCGCGCCCGAGUUGUGCCAGUUUGUCAACAACCGGCUCCUGAUGUUCAACGAGCAGGACCUCCGCAGCAGCAAGAUCGACGCCCGCGUCGACCUCUGGUCGCUCGGCGUGACCUUGUACUGCUUGUUUUUCCACCAGCUUCCGUUCGAGGGCUUCAACGAGUUCGGCUUGUUCAAGAACAUCGUCAACGGCGACUUGAAGUUCCCGCGCACCAAGCGCAGCUCGCUUGCAAAGCCUGACGACGUGCGCGAGUUGGCCUUGCUCGAGGACUUGAUCACGCGGCUCCUCCGCAAGGACCCGCACACCCGGCCCACGCUUGCCGAGAUCAAGGGCCACGGGUUCACGACCUUUGACCUCGGCAGACCCGAGAUCGAGAAGUUCAAGAACGUGAACCGCCACAUCAUCUCCGCGCAGUCGCCGGCCGCGGCUGAGGCGUUUGCCGCGGAGAGCAAGCUCUCGCUGCGGCUCCGCAAGCUCUUUGUGGGCCGCUCCGAGCCGUCCGCCGUGCCGGAGCAGAAAAUCAACGUGCGCGAGCUCGAGAAGGUCGACGAUCUCUUGGAUUCGUACCUAGACGACUCAAGCUCGUGCGGCUCUUUGGACGAGGAGGACACGGAGCCCCAGAUCCCGCCGCCCUUGAAGCUCUCGGGCUCCAACUUUGACCCGCUGGCACCAAAACACUCGCCGCUCCUGCAGUCCGCAAGCGGCGAGAAGACGCCAAGCUCCGCGCACCCGGUGGUCACAAUCGGGCCCGACUCGCCACUGUCAAUCAAGUCGGUGUUCAGCCCCUCGCGCCGGUUCUUUUCGCGGUUCAAGAAAAAGCCCAUCGAACCCACGAUCAGCGCCUUGUCCGGGCACAUGGCCGGAGGCUCCAGCGGCGCCUCGAGCUACACGAACUUGGCGCCGCCGCCUGCCUUCGGCGACGGGUGGAAGAAGCCGCGGUCCAACAGAAGCCUGUUUUCCAGCGUCGACUCCGGGCCCGUGCUGCUUCGAAAGAACUCCAUGUCGUCCGGGGCUUCCAACACGAUAUCCAAGAUCUCCAGCUCGAGCUCCUCGCUCAAUCUCCAUGCCUACUUGAUGGAC